GCAACAUUUCCCACGUACAAGUUUUGAAGCAAUUUGAAGCCAUCAAACCUUCCCAACUCAAACAAUUCAUCAAUGGUGAAUUUGUGGAGAGUAAGAGCGGAAAAAAGUUGGACUUGAUUUGUCCAGCUACGGAACAAGUUUUGUGUAGUGUUAGUGAUGGUUGUGCACAAGAUGUUGAAUUGGCUGUUCAAGCUGCUGAAGAAGCAUUGAAUGGAGAAUGGGGAAAUAUGGAACCACAAAAGAGACAAGAACUUAUUUAUAAACUUGCUGAUGAAUGGGAUAGACAAGUUGAGGAAAUGGCCUUGUUGGAAGGACUUAAUAAUGGUACACCUAUCGGAGUUAACCGUUAUGUUAUUAAAAGUAUUACCGAUACUUGGAGAUAUAGUGCUGGAUGGAUUGAUAAAUUGAGUGGAAGAAUUUGUGUUACUGAUAAGAAAUUCCACGUUUAUACUCAAAGAAGCCCAGUUGGUGUUGUUGGUGUUAUUUCUCCAUGGAACUUCCCAAUGUGGUGUUCAUUGGUUAAUGUUGCUCCUGCUAUGGCUAUGGGUAACUGUGUCAUUUUGAAGCCAUCUGAACAAACUCCAUUGACUGCACUCAAACUUGCUGACAUUUGUCAAAAGGUUGGUAUUCCAAAGGGUGUUUACAAUGUUGUUAUGGGUGAUGGUCCAAAUGCUGGUGCUCCACUCGUCAGUCACAAGAAGGUCAGUAAGAUUGCAUUCACAGGAUCUACUGAAGUUGGUCGUCUUGUCAUGAAGGGAGCUGCCGAAUCUAAUUUGAAACAAGUCCAUUUGGAACUCGGUGGUAAAUCACCUGUUGUUGUUUGUCCUGAUGUCAAUGUUGAUGAAGCUGUUAAGGUUGCUGCUUUCAGUAUUUUCAAUAAUAAUGGUGAAGCUUGUACUGCUGGAAGUAGAACAUUUGUUCAUGCUGAUAUCUAUGAUGAAUUUGUUAGAAAGCUCAAGGAACAUGUCGCCACUUUCAAGAUUGGAUACAAUUUGAAUGAUGAAACUAAUAUUGGACCAUUGGUUGACAAGGAACAAUAUGACAGAGUUAAGAGCUAUAUUGAAAUUGGUAAAAAGGAAGGUGCUAAAUUAUUAAUUGGUGGUGAUUCUGAAGGUUUACCUACUAAGGGUUAUUUCGUCAAGCCAACAAUUUUCUAUGAUGUUGAUGAUAAUAUGCGUAUUGCUAGAGAAGAAAUCUUUGGUCCAGUUCAAUCUAUUCUGAAGCCAUGGAAGACUCUCGAUGAAGUUAUCACCAGAUGUAAUAAUACUGAAUUUGGUUUGGCAGCUGCCAUUCUCACUAAGAAUGUUGACAAUAUGUUCACCUUCUCUGACAGAAUCAAAUGUGGAGUUUGUUGGAUCAAUAAUUAUCACAAUGUUUUGCAUGUUGCCGAAUUUGGUGGUGUUAAACAAUCUGGUUUUGGUAGAGAAGCAGGAGAAGAGGGAAUGAAGGCAUGGACUUCCCUCAAGACUGUUAUCCUCCAACUUCAAUCCAAUCUCUAAUUUUCUCUCUCCUCUAAAAAUUUAAUUAUUCUCUCAUUGUAAACACAAUUUAUUUAUUUC